AUAAAUUCGAGGAUGAUGCUGAAGAAUUUUUAGCUAAUUUUCACGGAUUGCUAGGAAUAAGCAAGAGAAUUGCGGAAUCAAUAGCCGAAAGAAAGUCGCUGAGCGAAGAUUUGAAUAAGGGGAAAGAUGCUAACUCAUUAGGACAAAUUGUAACCGCUUUGAAAAAAUUAGAAAACGAUAUUUCUUUCUCAAAUAGGAAAUAA